AUGCCGCUCAAGGUCGGAUCUGUGGCUGUACUACAGUCGCCUCUUCCGCCCCCCGAGCAAGAUGACAAGUACGACAAUGCCCAUCACAGCGUUACUGUGCUUAAAAAGGGACACAGAAAGAGCCAAGAAUCAGCCCCCUUUCAAACUGAUACAGUAUUUGAGAAAGAUGUUCAAUUUACUCUAAGAGAUGGCGUGCAUAUCAGGGCGGAUAUUUUCCGUCCCGCCAAUGACGCUGAGAAAGUACCUGCUCUUGUGGCCUGGAGUCCCUACGGAAAGACCGGAAGAGGCUUUUUCUGCCUUGAUUUGGUGCCAGGAAGAGUAGGCGUGCCUAAAAGCCGUCUCUCCGGCUAUGAAAAGUUCGAGGCCCCAGAUCCUGCCGAAUGGACUGCUCGUGGCUACGCAGUCGUCAAUGUGGACAUUAGGGGUUCUUGGGACUCCGAAGGCGACCUCUUCUGGUGGGGGAGAGCCGAGGGAAAGGAUGGAUACGAUGUUGUUGAGGAACUUGCGCGGCUUCCAUGGUGUAACGAAGCUGUCGCAUUCGUCGGCAAUUCGUGGCUGGGCAUCUCUCAGUGGUUUAUUGCUGCUGAGAGACCCCCCCAUCUGAAGUGCAUCGCGCCGUUCGAGGGGGCCAGCGAUAUUUAUAGAGAAAUUAUCUGCCGCGGUGGUGUACCAUGCAAAGCGUUUCUUCGAUUCCUAGCUCAGCAAAACUUUGGGAGAGGCAAACAGGAGAACCUUGUGUCAAUGAUUGAAAAGCAUUCGUUACUGAAUGACUACUGGGCAGACAAAAGAGCCAAUGUCAGCAACAUUAAUGUGCCAAUAUACGCAGUUGCUAGUUACUCGACCGGAUUACACACCUUUGGGUCAUUCAGAGGCUACACUGAGGCGCCAACAAAGCACAAAUGGCUCCGAGUGCAUGCUACUCAAGAGUGGCAUGAUCUUUACCAACAAGAGACGAAUGAAGAACUCCAGCAGUUCCUGGAUCGCUACACUAAAGGCAAGGAUAACAGCUGGGAACUGACUCCAAGAGUUCGUGUCUCUAUCUUACGCUACAACAAGGAGCCAAUCAUCAACCAUGUCUUUCCAGCUUGGCCAAUCCCGGCCACAAAGUAUGAGCAACUAUACCUGUGCCCGAACGAAGUGCUUUUGAAUGUCCCCCCAUCGGCAGAGUCACAAGUUUCUUACAAGUCCGAUGUUCCGUUCAUGCAAAUGGACAGCGACCCUGAGGAACUGAGGUUUGAGUACACUUUUAGAGAUGCAGUUUAUCUUGUCGGAAAUGCGCAAGCAACCUUGUACAUGUCGUGUCUAGAACAUGAUGACUUUGAUGUCUGCGUUCAACUACGGAAGAUUGAUCGGAAUGGAAAAGUCCUUCAAAAUAUCAAUAUCCCGUUAAAGGACUCGGGGAUUGAAGAUAACGAUGUUGAGAGGAUCAACUCUCUUGUCUACCUGGGACCCAGUGGGUACCUCAGAGCCAGCCACAGGGCACUCGACUCUGAAACAUCUAUUCUCAAUUUUCCUGAGCAUGACUACACUGAGCAGCACAAAGUCAAACCAGGUACUAUCGUCAGGUUGGAUAUUGGGCUUUGGCAGACUGGAAUGGCCUUUGAAGGGGGCGAGGGGCUUAUGCUGAAGAUCUCUGGCCAUAGCAUGACACUGGCUGAAUUCCCUAAUCUUCGUGGCAACGAAAGCAUGGAGAAUGUUGGCACACACCAUGUCCACAUUGGUGGUUCUACAGCUAGCUACCUUAACAUCCCCCUUGUUACAAUCUAG